AUGCUUUGUUUGUAUUGUGCAUAUUGCUACUGCAUCUACUCCUCUGCUUCUUUUUUUACUCUUCCCUUUCCUCCUCCUUUUUUUUUCAUUCUCUCUCUCCCUUUUUCCCUCCUUUUCAUUCCCUUUCCUCCUUUCUCUUCCUUUUCAAAUUUCAUCACCAUUCCUCUUCCUUUUCAUUUUCUGUUCCCCUUUCAUCUGCUUUUUCAUUCGCUCUCCUUUUUAUUCUCCUUUUUGUUGUCUGUCCCCUUUUUCUUUUUGUUUUCCUUCUCCUUUUUACUCUCUGUUCCCUUUUCCUCUUCCUUUUCUCUGUCCCCUGUUUUUCCUCCUCGUUUUCAUUGUUUCUCUUUCUUUCCUCCUUUUCAUUCUCUGUCCCUUUUCCUUCUCCUUUUUAUUCUGUCCCCUUUUCUUUCUCUGCCCCCCCUUUCCUCUUUUUCAUUAUGUCUUUUUUUAUCAUCUGUCUCCCUUUCCUCCUCCUCCUCCUCCUUUUCAUUUUCUGUCCCUCUUUCCUCCUUAUUUUCACCCUUUGUCUCCUUCCUCUUUUUCUCCUCCUCCUGCCACUUGCCAUAUUCUCUUUCCUUCGUUCUUCUUCCUUUGUUUUUCCUUUCACUUUUUUCUUUUCUAUUCUCCCUAUCCUUUAACCAUGUCAUUAUUUUUUUUCUAAUCUCUCCUCCUUUUCUCUUUCUCUCUCCUCCUUUUCCUUUCUCUCCUCCUUUCUUUUCUCUUCCUCCUUUCUCUUUUCUCUCCUCCUUUUUCUUCUCUCUCCUCCUUUUCUUUCUCUCUCCUUUUUCUUUCUCUCCUCCUUUUCUCUUUCUCUCUCCUCCUUUUUUUCUCUCCUCCUUUUUUCUUCUCUCUCCUCCUUUUUUCUUCUCUCUCCUCCUUUUUUCUUCUCUCUCCUCCUUUUUUCUUCUCCCUUCUCCUUUUUUCUUCUCCUUUAAUUUCUCUUUAUUUUCAUUAAUUGCCACUAUUUUGUCUUUUCAUUUUCUUUCACCUUUUCUUUUCGUUUUUGUAUUUAUCAUUAUUUUCAUUCAUUUGUUUAAUACUUCAUUCCUUGAAUUUUUUUCAUUCCUAUCGUCUCUCCCACCACCACCACCACCACACUUACACAUGCCUGCUACUUCUGCUGAUUCUCUGAAAAUAGAAAAACUAUACACAAUUAUUGAUUGUAGAGAAAUUAAAGACAGCAAUUAUGGAAAAAUUUUUAAUCUUCUAUAUCAAAAUUAA